GUGUGUUGCUCUAAAGGCAGCAAGUGACUCAUGUGACUGUCUUAGCAGCUGGGCAGCAAGAUUAGAGAGCUACUAUGUACACAUUCCCUUACUGAGGGGUCCAAGCUAUUGCUAAAUGAAGUUGUAUUACUGCCAACAACUGAAUAACGGGUGUAAGAAAAUAUAGUAAAUAAGUGUGUCAUCAGGUUAGUGCAGUAGUUAUUUCAGACAGUUGUUAAAGUGAGGGAAAAAAAACCUUUUCCAAGAUUCAUAUUUAAAAUAUUUUUAUCCUUUUUUUUCAAAGACUCUAACUUCAUAUGAGAUUAAAUGUUAAUUGUCCUUUUCAAUUUGCAGAUUUGCAAAAGGCAUCUUGAAAUGGCUGUUUCUGACACUGCAGGAAAAAAAGAUGAGAAUGUUAGUGAGUGAAGAAUCUUAUUCCAAAGAACCCAUUUAUUUGUAAAAGUACUAAAAAUAUGCUUGUAUCAUGAAGUAUUUUGAUUUGAACUGAAAUUGGCAAAGCGUAUACUUCUUGGUCACUUGCUAAUUUGAAGACUUAUUCAUGAUGUUAUUCCUCAUGUAUUUCCUAAUUGUAAGAAUUUGUGAAGUUUGUUCCAAAUUGUCUUUAAGUUUUCCUGGCAUGCCAGUAUGGAUUAGUGGAAUAUGUAUUCUUUUAUUUUUUUUAAUGUUUCCCUAAUCUUUUUUUUUUUUUUUACUCAGAAACUUGCUUUUCUUAAGAAAGUCGCUAAACAUUUGUGAAUGCUUUGUCCUUUAUAUAGAUGUAUUUACAGUCACACAUUGAUAUUUCAACUAUUAUUUACGGAUUUAAACUCAAAAGUGUCACCCUGUCAAACAUCUCUUUAGGACUAACCCUCCUAAGAACUCCUUUCAGUCUUGAGGACCACAGGACAUAGGCUUGACUGUUGCAAUCAAGUAAAUUGAUACAGAAAUCAAGAAGACAUGAAUAUGAAGCUCCUUGGUGCUAUUUUUAGUGUCAACUUUCAGACCAUAAUUAUGUUUUAAAGAUGAGAAUGUAUUUACCGAAGAGGAGCUUUUAUAUUUAAAAAGCCAAGACAGACAAGAGGUCAAGCCCAUGAUAAAGUCCUUACAGUGAAAGAGGACCAGAAGAGUGCAUGUUCCUAGCCAUCAUCACUGCGUCCCACUGCCCUCAAAAAGAUUAAACUGUUUGUUAUUCUGCUUCAGGUUUUCUGGAUUUCUGCUUUCUCUCUUUUCCUGUCUGGUAAUGACUUGUUUCCCAUCUUGUUACUCUUUCAUGUUUAUUCCAAGUAUGUGCAGUUUUCCUCAACAACUGUUUUCAUUUAUAUCUCCAAGAAGAAAAUGGAGAGCAUAAAAUAACGUUGUCUAGAGUUGUCAGUGCAUCUGAAAAAUACCUUCUCAAGGUGGACCAUCAUUUUAAUAGUACUUCAAAACACCUUGUUGAUCUGGCCCUUUUAUUUUUGCAUGUGUUUAGAUUUCUUCAUAAUCAAGUCUCUUACUGUUUAGUAUUUUGAAAUCUGAUUUAUAGGAAAAGUUCAGUUUGUUUUUUGUUUUGAUUCAUCUCCUGAAUGUUUCAUUACUGCUUUUUUUUUUAAUGUACCAUUUACCUGUACCAGAUUGCUUUUCUACUCUGCUUUCAUCAUUUUUCAGUCACAUAUUACUCAUCAGCUGCAAAAGAAAAAUGUUUGUGUUCUUAUUUCUGCACCGGUUAGUCUGAUGGUGCUCUGUGACAUAGGAGCGCUAGGAAACAGAGGGAUAUUUGUGUAUUGGUAAGUAGUUUAUAGAUAAAGCACUAGCAGAUUGUGGCCAAGGAUAUACCUGCAAAGUAUGUCGAUCCUCUGACUACUUGAAUGCUUCAGUGGAUUUUUGCGUGCUGUUCUUAGCACAUUCCUUUCGAUGAACCAUCAGAAAUACCCAUCUGCCAACAGAGUUUCAGGUCCUGGGUCUUGCUGCCCUGUGUUGUGUGCCACAGCAGCUUCUUGGGCUCGGAAUCGUCACUCCGCCCAGGGAAGAACUCUGCUGUAGUGCAGGUUGUGUUGAGCUACUUCCCUUACUUCGGCCACAUGCUCUGUUUGUUUAAAGCACCUUUUGCACAGCUGGAAGAAUUAUAUAAAAUAAACAGCUGUCCUGAGAGGAUAUUUGUGUGACCUUGGACUUUGGCUUGUUUGUUUGUUCCUUUCAGAAUUAUGCCCAAAAUUUCUUAGCCGCAAGUUUGUGCUGCUCCACUGAAGAGGGAAGUAUCUUCUCAUGGAUUCUAAGGAGGAAAGCCCUUAAGCUACCUCUAGCCAAAAAUACAAUGUUUUCUUUAAUAAAUUUGAUUUCCAAAUGGCUAAGGAGAAACAGCCCAGCAAGAUCAGCCAAAAAUACCUUGUAUUUGUGUGAGAUUGCCUCUUGUAAGCAGGCAUUGUUUAAGAAAGGAAUAGGAAAGAUUCUUGCUUGAUAUAGUCCUUCUCCCCCUGCUCCCUCAUGCCAUUCCAUUCUUAGGAUGGGGAAUUAAUUAUGGUGAUUGCUUCUUAGGGCUGUUAGAAAAUCAUGGAUAUUUUGAAGGAAGUUGAGGUGCUGUUUCUGAUGCCAUUUCUGGCCUGGUGAGAGUUUCACAGUGUUACUGUGGUAGUGUGUGCCACCUGCCCAAUAUGCUUUCCUUUGACAGGAAGACCUACAACUAAGAAGAAAAAAUGGUUUGGGGGAAGUUGGUAGCUCUUUUUAAAAAAGCUCAGCCUGUGCUGACAGCAUUUCUUAGGGCUAGAGUUGCAGUCUCACCACUUUCUUUGCACUGGGGAAGGCCUGGCAAGUUGGCUGGAAGUUGUAAGUUGAUCAGAAGUGACUCUUUAGCUCUUCAGUUUCAGAUGUGACCUUGGUAUUUGGUUCUUUUAAAGAGUGACGAGCUUCCCGGUGAUGAGAGAGUAUUUCAGUAGCUGCCUUUGGAAAGAGAAAUCUUGAUUCUGGUGUCCUCUGAGAGAGCAAGCCUUCUGGGGCAAGCUGAAAAGUAAAGCAUGGGAAGGAUUGGAGCCUAGAUAACUGAAGCACUCUUCUCCAGUAACUAUAGAUACUGUGGUCUUUCACAGGAGAGCAGUGGACAGGAAGAAUGUUUGUUUCUAAGCGCUGAUGACUGGGCCCUGGAUCACUGAAGGCAAAUACCCAGUGGGAUGCUAGUUCUCAGAGCUGUAUGUAUCCUGCAGAUGGGAGUUCAAAAGCCAGUUUGCUGGCUGGAAACUUAUACAUGGAUCUUAACAAUGGAACAUAUUUAUACAGAGUUCUGGUAUGCUCUCUAGCACGUUUGAUGUUUUGCCUCAGGCUCUGGAUACUUUGAGAAAUCCUGCCCUACAGCCACAGUCCAUAUCCUCAUGAAAUACCUAGCUGCUUGUACGUUGUUUCUGACUGUUGUGAUGGAGAGACACUACUUGCCCAACCUGCAUCGUGAGACUUGUACUGUAAGCACCUUCAUACCAAAGCAGGAGAGCCUGCAGUGCAUGCACAGGAUAAAAUGCAGAGUGAGAAUAAAGUAAAUGGCUCUUGUGGUUUUUCUGAGGGUUGUUUUUUUUAAGAAUCAAGUUUCUGUGGCAUUUUUUGGGAGAACCUGUUUUGAGAUUACUAGGCCAAGUUUUUCAUAAACCAUUGUCUUCAUAAUCUGUUUAGAACACAGCUUUCACUGCCUUCCACUGCAGCUGCAGGCACUAUUUCUGCAAAUCACUCCUUGUAGACCCAUGUCAAAGACCUGGAAAAUUAAUGACCUCUUCUGUAGCAUUCAGUUGAAAUGACACAGAUCUCUAGUAGAAUCUGAGUCCUCUAGGACAGUGUUCCAUUAUCUGACUCAAAAGAUUGGUUUCUGAAUGACUAAAGGGCUUGUGGAAUAAGUAAUCAAGAAAUCAGGCAAAUUUGGGAAGAGUUCACAGGAAUGACAGCUCUACCACUACCCCUGUCUAAUUUCAAUUCUCCAUCCCAAAGGACAGGGCUUCAAAACUCUAGGAAAAGGAAAAGUAGGAAAAGUCCGCCAGAAUCUUUUGACACAGAGAAAACUUUUUUUACAUUAACCUUUAUUUUUCUUAAAUGGCUGUACUGUUUUGAAUGAAUAAAAAGUGAAGAAACAAAACACUGAAGCAGAUACUAACUUGUAAAAUUUCAGCCCAAACAAUGGCAGUUUGGCAAAGUCGUAAGUUGUCUUAUGUAGAGGAGUUUGUCUUAUAAUGGCAAGUGUUUGACAGCAUGGUGAAAUGUGAUCCUACUCAUUCUGCCAAUAGUAAAAUAUGCUGGAUUUGAGUUAGCAUUUGUACCUACUGACAGCAGUGUCGGUUCUUGUGUAAAUUAACAGAAGAGUUGUCUUGCUUCCAAAUCAAGUGUUGUUAGAGAACUGUUAUCACAGGUCUUACCAGCCCAAUCGAGGCCUGAGAUGACAAAUACUACUUUUGAUCAACCUGAUAAAUGCUGAUCAAAUUCUGUGUUUGCAUUUUAUUUAGUAGGAAUAAUUACCCUUGUGUGCAUAUCAAAGCCUGGUGUUCUGUUUCUGACAGUGGCAAAACCAAAGGUGUAGUGAAAGGCCCAGGAGCAGGGCAAGCAUGAAGGGAUGGCUUUCCCAGAGCAUUCUCCUGAUCUUCAAUAAUUCACUUGUCAAAGGCUUCCUGAGCCAGUCAUGGUGGGUUUGUAUUUGCUAACCUUUACUGGACUUUUUCCAUAACUUUUUCCUGUGAUCUCUUGGGCCUUUGUAAACUCUUAAGUGUCUAAACACCCCAUUGCAAGGAGUUCCACAGCAGAAACAUGUGAAAAACAGGUACGUUUCCUUCUUGAGCCUGUGUCCUCAUCAUUUCAUUUCACAUCUUCAGCUCUUUUAUUGGAAGAGGCAGUAGCUACCAGUCUGUUCAGCUUCGUCUUGUCAGUCUCCAGCCACUUCAGUGCAGGUAUUACCUGCAUGCCAUUCAGUUGCAUCUCCCUUAUCUACAUGUUUAUUGAUCCCUUCAGAGAACUCCACUUGCUUUGUGGAACUUUGUUUCCUUUUCCAAGUUGUGUUGCCUCUUCACCAAUAUGUUGUAUUUUGUUCACGUGUCCUCCUACCACUCCCCCGUCCCCCAGUUGUUAUUCAAGUUUAUGCUGACUUGCCCGAUGUAGAUGUCAGGCUUACUGUAGUACUUUGGUGGGCUUUGGGAAUUAAUUGUUAGGAAAGAGAUAAAACAGGCAGCAAUCCAUGGUGUCUUGUCUCCUCAAUACUGUACAAAAGAUAUAUGUAGAAUGGCAAAAAUACAGCACAAGGUGAUGCAUAUGAAAAAGGUAGUGAAACAGCUUCCAUGGAAGGAAGGCCUAAGUAAGCUUAGACUUUUCAGACUGGUAAGAGACUACAAAAGGGAGAAUACAAUAGAGGUUUCAUAUCACAGACAGGGGAUCAUAAAGGAAUGGCAUAGAUGGGAUGAAGGGGGAGCAAAAUCAUUAGCUAAGAGGAAAGAGAAAUAGUGGGAGAUAUGUUCAGAUGGGUUGUUAAUAAACCGUGAAAUUAAGCUGUGGAACUCCUUGCCAUGGGGUGUUGUGAGUAAGAAAGUUUACAUGGGCACAAGAGAGGGCUACCAAAUUAGUGGAAAUGAGGGCUAUUAAAUCUACCUAGCUCAGGAAGUCCCUAAAUCACAAAUGGUGAUACUUCCCCAAAAUACUACAUGCUUUCCUUCCUCAUGAUCUGCUGUCAGCUGUUACUGAAGCAAGGAUGCUGGGCUGGAUGGGCUUCUGCUCUGACCCGCUAGGACCAUCGUGUUCUGAUGAGUAUUCAGGGACCUCAGUAUUCCAAGGAGUAUUCAGAACUGGAACAAAUCACCCUGGCUGAGUCAAAUGCCUUGCUGUCACAGAAACCAUGUCUGUCUUUGUGAACGUAUAUAGAUCCACUUGUGAACUAGUUUCAUUUUUUCCUCUAUCCACAUCCCUAUCUUCUGAUGUGUAAACUUAAAGCCAGUAUUUAUUGUCUAGGAACCCUUUUAAUUUCCAGCCUAAACUUACUUUUGAUAAGCUUACACUUAUUUAUGCCAGCCCUGCUGAUUGUCUCAUUGGUGUACUUCCUAAGACCUUUUGUGUUUUUUUGGUUGUUUUGUUUUUUGGUUUUUUUUAAUCAGAUAUUUUGUUGUGCUAUCCCAAAUAGAUUUUUUUUGUGAAUAUGUAUUACCAGAUUUAUACACGGUGUUCCCAGCAAGAUCUUGGUAGUCCACUGUAGUAGCAUCCAUAUGUCCCUUUCUGCGCUGGAAAUACAGCUGCUUUUUUGAAUCAUUAUAUUUUCUUUCUUCUGAACCAGCUCUCUUUAGUGAGUUUUACUAGCUGCUUAUAGGAUGGUUCUUCUCUGCUACUUCCAACUAAUGAUUUGUCUCUUUUCAGUAGAAACCACUAGUCUCUUAAGUGCGUUACUCUGUCCUUUGUUGUUACUUUUCAUCCCAUUUCUGUUGCAGCUGUCCUUAAGAUUUGUUGCAGGUUUUGUGUGUUGUUUCAGUCUGCACUGUACUUCUGGUACCUCCUGGUUUAGUAUUUUCUACGCAUUUUAAUAGUGCUUACUUAAAGUCAUAAAAAAAAUUCUAAAUGAAAAUGUUGAAUCAAAAAAGAGUGAACACCAGUCUUGGCAGAAGUCCAUAAAUAACAUCCUUCCACCUUUCAGAAAGAAAUCUGGUGUCAUCUCUUCUUUAUCUGCUGCUUUUCCUGACAUACUAUUCUUGAACUAACCCCUCUCUUCUCAGCACAACAAACUACUGCUCAGGUGGUAGCAUAUCAGAUUUCUUACUGUGUGAGACUAGAACUGUCAUGCUUCCUUUGUAUAAACACUAUUUUGUCAUGCUGAAGAAAAGUUGGAUGUUCAACAUGGUUCAACUUUUAAAAAUCGUGUUACGUUUUAUUCGAUUUUCUCUUUACCUUCAUGUUUUCAUUCUUUCUUUGAAAACAUGCUCCAUGCCAGAGGCCAUGCUAUCAUCAUGAAUUGUAUGUCUAGAUAACUUUUCUCCAACUUUGCUCAAUAUUGAAAUGAGGCAAAAAGUCUUUGUUUGGAUUUGAUGCUGUUCUGAGCCUCUUCCAUCUCAUCACAUGGCAGCCUUGCUUCCUGUUAAAUCAGAAGGUAGUAUUUCAAUAUGAAAGGUAAGGUUAUAUAAGUAAGGUAGAUACUUUUCUUAAUUCACUUUUCAGGAGCCCCUGUGUUGGCCUCUGUGGUUGGUAGCCACCUCUGGUGCAGAGGACUGUAAACUUCUACCUUAUUUUCACUGUAGUGGGAAUAGUGAGUUGAAAGAGUUGCCCAGUGCUUUUCUCUGUUGUGAUUGUUUGGCAGUCUUAGUUCUGACCAAGUUUAUUCAAGGAAAUACAUGCACUGCCAAUAACAUGAACUUAGUCAUUUAGUACCUCUUAUCACCCCUGCUAAGGUGAGAGCAUCUCACAGUGCCAUGAUACUCCAUUAGUCUGUUGUGCUCAAUCUGUUCUGCCAGGUUGGUUCCCCUUGCCACGCUCUUCGACAUUGGGUCUGCAAGACGGAGGUGGUUCCAACUCCCUCUGUUUAGCAGGGUGCUGAAAUUUCUGCUGUUCCAGACUCUGAAUGGCUGCUCAAUCCGGUUAGUGCCAAGAGACCAUAGGAAAUCUGUGGGUGCAGUUUCUCAGUGAUUAGCAGUUUGGGCUAGACCUGCGGGAAUCCCAGCCUGCCCAUCCCUGUACCUGAGAUGGCUCUUCUCUACCUCCUCUUGUGCUGGCACUAAGUCACUGCAUGGAAAUGAGCAGCAUUUUUUCUGUAGGGUUAAUUGACCAUUUUAGCUCUCUAGGGUUAAUGUGACUGUUUUAGCUCUCUGGCCUGGUACACUGUGUGGCCAGACAAGCACCAGCACGAGAAGGAAAGGGAGGGAGGAAGAAGCAUCAUACCUUCAACUGUUUCAAUGUGGAGGCACGCUCAAAAUAACUAAGCUCCGGACAGGCUGACAGAGUGCUGUCCUGUGCUCCCAUCAACAUGACAGCUGGACAGAUGUGUCUAUCUCCAAUCCCAAAGCGUUGGCCAAGGUGCUGUGCCAGAGCGUUUACCCCCCGUCUCCGAGCUGCUCGUGGGCACUUGAGCCUGGCACUGCUUUUGCCACGCAGCCCAGCCUCUAGCAAGGAGGUGGCUUGUGUCCGGCCAGCUUGGGGUGUUGGCUGGGCACAGUUGCUUCUGCCUAUGGUUGACCCAGUAAACAAGGCAUUUGCUUAGGUGGAGUUACCUAAUUCUGGAGAUAGCUGCUUUGCUUUUGGGAUUGGGUCCAGAGAUGAGAAGGUAACUGCUGAAGCUGCUUGCCAAGGCAGCCGUCAAAUCUGAUGAGGGAUCAGGCCUUGAGGUUAACUGGCAGCAGUUAUCCGUACCAUAGCUAUAUCCAUGCCAAAACCCUUCAGUGUUUUGUUUUGUGUUGGUUUUGGUUUUGGUUUUUUUUUUUUUUUUAAAAAAAAGCUGAUGUCUCACAGUGCUGGUUUCUGUGGCCCUGUAAUUCAAGGGAAGUAUCAGCCCUUGUCUUUGCAAGUACAGCCUUUUGGGUACAAACCCUAAAGUUUUGGUGACAACUGUGGUAACAAUGAGACUGAAAUACAGAUGUCUUGACACGUUCUCAUGUUCGCAUUUGGGAUGCAGGCUCCUCUGAAAGCACCCCCCUGCUUUGGUAAGGAAACAAAUUAUUUCAGAAAGGGACAUGUUGAAGUCAUCAGGGUGUUGUACCUGUUUUGGUAGCGUUGUGUCGUUUUUCUUAGCUGUUCCUUCACAUAACCCUAACUCUUUUUGAUCGUUUUGUACCUGGCCCUUUAGCAGAUACUUCCCCCAACACUAGUCGUGGUGGCAGCUUGUGCUAACUGGCGGGGCUGGGAGAUAGUGGUGUGUUUGGGGAGAGGGUGGAAGAUUAUUAUUGCUACGAGUCAGCAGUAAGUGUAUUGUGUGUGGUCAAUAAUAUGUAACAACUGUGGUUUAGUUAAGAUGAGCUUCCAGCUCUCUCUGCAGGAGAAGGGGAUGCAUACCUUUCUUUACUCCGGCAGAUUUGCGCGAUAUGAUAGGAGGCAGGAAAGAAAUGUGAUUUCUACAGCCAAGUUUCUAUGUGUUACUUUCUCAUGUUUUCUUAAUGACAGACAGCUUGGGUGGGUGCCGUGCUGUCAGACUGUAUUACCCAGCAUUAGCUGGUCAUGAAUCUGCAUUUCAUGUUCACAAGUAUUUAUUUUUUCUUAAAGACUGCUUGUUUGUGCGGUUACAAUGAUGGCAUGGGCACGAGUCUCCACAUCUCCCUUGCCUGCCCUCUGGUACUCAGAUUUGGGUAAGCAGGGCAGUUGCAGUUUGAAAUUUGUAGUUGUAAUACUAUCUGCUAGAAGUAAAGAAAAAAAAAAUCCUGCUGAAACAAUGCUGUAGACCACACUAGAUCUGCUUCAGAUAAGUAUGCCCAUUAUUGUGUGCAAUUAGACCAAGCGUUUUAAAGGAUUAGUAGAUACUAUAUUUUAAGAGAUUGGUUAGUGGUAGGAAGUAAGGCUGCCAGUGAAAUUUUUCUUCUAGAGGCCAAAUGCAAAGAUCUCUUAUUAAAAUUUAUCCAGUUGUUUAGCUUUUCUUAACAGAAGGUUCAUAGGUCAUAGAAACAAGUGCGGUAUGAAAUUUCAAACCCAAUAGUCACCUGCUUUUAAAGAAAAAUAGUAAUAUUCCCUCAUUUUAGAAGGCAGCACAGUUAUUUAACUACUGCUUUGUGCUGUCAAAAUAUGUCCCUGUUUGUUUACAUUCAUGUGUAUUCUAAACUGUUUUGAUUUCUGAUUUGUUAAUUUAUUUUUAGCUGUAGAAGCCUAUACAGGCUCCCAAGGAUUUCACUGGCUUUCCUUCUAGCCAGUUUUUCCUAGGAAAAGGUGACCAUACCAAGGCUGUGAAUAAUCCUCACUGUAUUCAAAUCUGUUGGGCAGUGAGCGUUGCCUUGCAAUUUGUUAACACUGCUGUUUUGCCUCUGCUUUGCUUCAUUUGACUUUUUAGGCCCCCUUCUCCUCUUCACAGGAUUCUCCAUUUUGGGGAUUUUUUUACCAACUUGUCACCUGCCAGAUAAGGGGGGGGGGGGGGGGGGGAGAGAUUGCUUUCUUGUAACUGUUUUAUUAAGAGCACCUUGUUCCUAAUACACCUAUAAUUUGUCUCUGUUUUCUCUUCCUUAAACUCCUUUUGCCCCUAUCUCCGAACCUCCGAACCUUCAUCCUCAUCACUCCUCCCUCCCCAGUCUUUGGUUUUGGAAGAAGCCGGGAGGCGUGGUUAGAUGCCAGAAGAGCUCAGUUAUUACUUACGCAGGGAAACUUCAUCCUGUCCAACAAGUAUGCUAUUUGUAGCCUUGAGGGAUAUAUCUAAAGGGCACAGAGUUUCCACUCAAAAUUUAAGUAGAUUAGAUUAUGUAUACAUAUUUGUUGUGACUUGGCAGGUAUCCCAGUGCCCGAGGUCUUAAAACAUAUACUUUGCUAUACACAAGGCAAGCUCAACUGCAUGUUUCAAAAGAUGCUCUGGAAAGAUGGGAGGCUGCUGUCUGGAAUUCACAAAAGUGUUAUCCUCUCUAGAUCUGAUACGACACAGGAAUUCUGACUACUGUUCUGUCAAGUCCUGUAUUUUCUCUUGAUAUUAGCUGCUAUCAGAUGCUUCAAGGGGUGGUAUAAAGAUCCUCUCUUAUUUAACUUUCUGCUGGUUUGGAUUUUGUCCUGAAAAAAGAGGGUUGGUAUAAUUUUUCCUGAAGCCCUCUUCAAAUCGCAUUAUAAUUCUGCAUGAUCCAGUUAUCUACGCAAGUCUUGUCUGUCUAACUGUAUGCUACCUUCUGGCAGUAAAUCUCACAGGCUAAUACUUUGCUGCUAGAAAUAAAGUAUUGGUGUUUAUUAGUUUAAAAUUUGCUAUGCUGUGGUUUUAUUGAAUGUCCCUCACUCUCAUAAGAACAGAUGAAACCACCCAAGUGAGUUACUCUACUGCUAAUUACUAUAAUAGUUUUACCUUGUCGUCUUGUUUAAAAAAAAACAUAAAAACGCAGCCCCAGAAUUCAGGUGCUGCAGAUAGGCUGGAGGGAACUGUGCAGUUAAAACAGCUGUAUUUUAUGAAAAUCUGUUUGGUAUGGCACUUUUCCUUAUAAGGUCCAAUGACCAAUUGUUUUGAUUAUUUAGAAGGAAAAAAUUCCAUGAGAACUGUUACUGAAAAUGACUAACUUGGCAUUAGUGAUCUGUCGCUCUCUUACAGCAUUUGAUGCAAUACUGAAGUUAAUUAAGAUAGCUGAAAUAUCCAGUUAGCCACUCAGUGCUUCAGCUGUUCAUGUGACCUGUUUAUUACAUUUUCUUGUAAAUUGCUAAUGAUAUCUGUAAAUAAAUACUCCUCCUGUUUGUAGUGCUGUCUUCUUAACAUCCAGGCCUUUGUAAAUAAAGAACUGCCUGUGUAUCUAAUAGAAAACUCGAACACUUGAUUCAGAGUGCACAAUGACCUAUGGGCUUUUGCAGCAAAGAGCUGAAGUGAUUCCUCAGGUUUUGCCAUUAUAGCAGUGAAACCUUUGAAGGAGGAGUGUGGUGCUGCGAUUGCUAAAUGGAUGGUGGAGGAUCUGCAAGAGCAGAGUGGCUAGGGCUGCACGUUAGAAACUAGGGAUGGUCAGGUCAGGUUGCGAGAGAAGGGCAUACUUGACAGGUAGGCUGGAUUUAGUUAAGUGGUUUUAUUUCUUUAUUUAACUAAGGAUUGGGGGUUGAUAAAAAUGCAGUAGCUGAUAUGCAGUAGAUAUGAGGUGCUUUUGCUCAAAAUUGUGGAGAGGUAUGUGACAGAGAUGGGACCAGGACUUAGCAGAUCUGAAAUGUAUGUCCACUUGACCCAUUCUUUUGGCAUCUCAGUGGCUUAGAGAAGAUAUGCUUGAAAACAGUUACUACAGUUGCUCAAACCCAUUUGUGUUAUCUAUUAAGAGUAGUCUCUUAAAAGCAGAGGAUGAGGAAUAAUCUGUUGCGGGGAUUUUUUUUUUACCUUCUGCAUGAUAUUCUUCCUGUAUGUUGAGAAAAAGAUUUGUCCUAACAAACAGAAACUGCAUGCAAAAUUUACUGCAUUCUGGUUUUCUACUUCUGUUUUGCUUUUCUAAGUAUGGAAACAUAGGAUCACUCAAGCAGAUAAUAGGUAGAAUUGUCCCUUUGUGAACCUUAAAAUGGAGGUAGUGAGAAAGAAUGUCUAGGCUGUUGAUCACUGGGAAAUAAUUAACAAAGACAGUUUACUAUGGCUUAGUCCACAGUCGGAUGUUACCUUGAACACACUUCAGUUCCUCUUACAGCAUCAUGUGUCCAUGCUGAACUUAAUUCUCAAAGUUAUAUCAAAAAGGACUACUUACGCAGUAAGUGCCGGAAAUGCUUGUUGCGGUGAGUUAGUUUCCACUCUAAGGUUUCUUUGGGUUAAUUGCUUAUAAUGUGCUGGAGUUUGUAUUUCUUCCCACCUGGCUCACUACCUAUGUCCUCCUUUACUCCAGGAUCAUCCUGACUGGAGGUAAAUGCUCCUACAUGUUGGCAGGUAGCCAAGAGUGCUGCUCUUCGGUGGGGGUUGUAAGCAAGUUAGGUGUAACAACUGAUUAGUUUUGAAGAGUCUGCCAAGGCUGGUGGCCUGCGGUUCAUGUAUGUCUGACCAUACUCAGAUACGAAUCGUUACGGGACGGACAGGUACAGGUCACUGCCCACAUAAACGAAAGCAAGAGAGCACACCUGGACCUGGCCUCGGGGAUGAAUCAACACAAAGGACCACAAAGGAUGUAGCAGAAGACAAAGAAACACGACAGGAUUCUUGAUCAGUGCCCUCAUAUGUGCUCUGGGCUGUGGUUUUGCAAGUGACAUUGCCACCGAAUCCAGGAGUGAUUCAUUUUUUUUUUCCCCCGGAUGAUGCACAGUGCCACAGCAGAGGCCUGAGGUAACCGGGUGAAAACCCAGCAAAUAAAGGUCAGUAGCCUCACCUAUGCCAUAGUGUCCAGCUGGGCCGGGGCCUGCUGCAAGCACUGUGACUCAUCAGACGUGAACAAUACCCAAGAAACGGCUACAGGAUCCUGCAGAGGCUGGAGGAGGAAUCCGAUCCAACCAGUAAAAAUGGGAAGUACUGGAUUCUGGUUUCCUCCAAGAAGAGUCAGCGGAACUGGUUAAGACCAAAAUCUGAGGACUUUAGUGGGCAAACAUCAGUCCCCUUUUGCUUUCUUUUACGACCACAUGAAACUUGAGAAGCCAUCUAAAGCUAAAUCAUUUAGUGGAGUUGGGCAAUUCCCAAGUGUCCAACAAGAAGGCCUGGUUUAGGCUGCGAUGGCCACUGUCAUUCCUGGUGAUUUGUCAGAAGUAAGAGAUACCCAGAAAGUCCCUUCAGGGAAACGUAAGCGUGGUGAAACCAAACCAAGAAAAAACUUUCCUUGCCAACUGUGUGACAAGGCCUUUAACAGUGUUGAGAAAUUAAAGGUUCACUCAUACUCUCACACAGGAGAGAGGCCCUACAAGUGCACACAACAAGACUGCACCAAGGCCUUUGUUUCUAAGUACAAAUUACUAAGGCAUAUGGCUACUCAUUCUCCUGAGAAAACCCACAAGUGUAAUUAUUGUGAGAAAAUGUUUCACCGAAAAGAUCACCUAAAGAAUCACCUACAUACACACAAUCCCAACAAAGAGGCCUUUAAGUGUGAAGAAUGUGGAAAGAACUACAAUACCAAGCUUGGGUUCAAACGUCACCUAGCUUUGCAUGCUGCAACAAGCGGUGACCUCACCUGUAAGGUAUGUUUGCAGACUUUUGAAAGCACAGGAGUGCUGCUGGAGCACCUAAAAACUCACGCAGGCAAGUCAUCGGGUGGAGUGAAGGAGAAAAAACACCAGUGUGAACACUGUGAUCGUCGGUUCUACACCCGAAAGGAUGUCCGUAGACACAUGGUAGUGCACACUGGAAGAAAGGACUUCCUCUGUCAGUACUGUGCACAGAGAUUUGGGCGGAAGGAUCACCUCACACGCCACAUGAAGAAAAGUCACAACCAGGAACUUUUGAAGGUCAAAACAGAGCCAAUGGACCUUCUAGAUCCCUUUACCUGCAAUGUUUCUGUGCCUAUUAAGGAUGAGCUGCUUCCAGUGAUGUCUUUACCUUCCAGUGAACUGACAUCAAAGCCAUUUACAAACACUUUGCAAUUAAAUCUCUACAACACUCAGAUUCAGUCCAUGCAGAGUUCUGCAUCUGCACACCAAAUGGUUGCCACAUCCUUACCAUUGGGAAUGCCUUGUCCAAUAGAUAUGGAGUCUGUCCACCCUUCUCACCAGCUAUCGUUGAAAUAUCCGCUCGGUACUACCUCAUAUGCAAUUUCUAUGCCUGAAAAAGAACAGCCAUUGAAAGGGGAAAUCGAAAGUUACUUGAUGGAGUUGCAAAGUGGUAUGCCUUCUUCAUCCCAGGAUUCUCAAGCAUCUUCAUCAAAACUAGGGCUGGAUCCACAAGUAGGGCCACUAGAUGAUGGGUCUGGGGAGGUUUCCCUUUCCAAGGGCUCCGUUCCUAUUAGCGAACCUCUAAACACCCCAUCAUUGGACUUUUCUCAGCUGUUCAACUUCAUACCUGUAAAUGGCCCUCCCUAUAAUCCUUCUGUUUCAGUGGGAAACCUCGGAAUGAGUUAUACACAAGAGGAGGCACAUUCUUCUAUGACUCAACUUCCACCACAAACCCAGGAUCCUCAAGAUCCUAGCAAUAGUAUAGGUCUUGGGUCUCUGCACUCGUUGUCAGCAGCUUUCACAAGCAGUCUAAGCACAACCACCACCCUACCGCGAUUUCAUCAAGCUUUCCAAUAGGAUGUACAAAGCUGGCUUGUUACUGUCUAUUUGUAGAAAUGCCUUAGGUGACCAUUUUUAACUUAGUGCCUACUAUAAGACAUUAUAAAUUCUCUGCUUUUGUACAGUACCGAUCUCAUGAAGCCAGUAAGAAAUUUAAAUUAACUUUUUAAAAAUGUUUUGAAAGUGUUUAUUCUCAGCUGUGUUUACUUUGUUGUUUUUUUUAAAAAACAGUCUCAUUGUAUUGUUUUCAUUUUCACUGCCAAUUGACACUUUUCAAAUAUUCAGUAGAAAGUCAUCCCAAGCAAACUGUCAACACUCAUCCCUUUUUUAAAACUUUUUCAACCAUACCAGCUAUUCCAUUUUAUUGAUGUCAGUGGUAGAACUACCACUUUUACUUUUAAUAUAUUUUACUAUUUGCAAAGAAUCCAGUUAAAAUAUAUAUCACAAAGAUUCCUGAAGAUUUGGGAAAAAAAUUUUCCAGUCCAUUUCCAAACAAAUCCUCUUCUCAAAUGGUGACACAUCUGAUCUGUUCUAUAAUGACAAAUCUAAAUUUUUAAAAUAAAUAUAGAAUUCAGAUUUUUCUGAAAACUUGUGUGUGUAUAUAUAGAAGUCCAUAUAUACACAUGUACAUAUAUAUAGCAUUUUGACUUGUAUUGAAGUCAUUAUAAAAGGUGUUAAGAAUUUUGCCAUUUUCUGGCUUAAAUUUUUGUGGCCUGUUAUGGAUAACGGAAGAAAAAAAUUUAGUUUAAUUCUCUAAAAUCAUGGCUGAACAGAAUUUCGACAGAGAAUCUCUGCUUGCCUAAAUGACAAAUGUUUCAAGUUGAAUUUGGAACUGUGUUGUUGUGCUUUCAUGACUCUGGUAGAGGGAAACAGGCGAAAUUAAUGGCUGAUCUUGAACUAUAAAAGUGUUGUAAUGUAGUAAUGCAGAAUAUUUUGUCGCAGUUUUUGUUUUAAUUCUUAACUUGCUGUUUUUUCUCUUUAGUAGCAUAGAAAAAGUACUGCAUAGGAAUCUUCUGAUAGUGUAUUCACAUUUGUAGGCAUCAGUCUUCUCCCAGCUGCCACCGCCAAAGGGUGGAUCAAGUCCAGCCAGAAAGUGUGUAUCUAUUUUCAGUUCAAAACUAGUGUGCAGUCAGAGAGUGAAUGUAAAUUUGCAAAUACCAGUUUUUUUGUGGUGUUUUUUUUUAUUGGAAUGAUCUUUUCAGUUGUGUUACAUGGUGUGUUAUGUCCUCCUAAGCAACAAGUUAGACGUUAAUCACACUUUCUACACCUGGGUACUUGGUUAGGGACUUUUUGCCCAUUGCCAAGAUUUAAAGACAGGACUCUUAGGAGUGAAGUAAAAGCAUAUUGCUUACACCACUUUUACCUAAUGCAAUAUAUUCUAUCCCCCACCCCCUAAUAACCAAAAGAGGAAAAAGAAAAAAAAAACAACCCUGUGAUGCAUGAAAGCAAACUAGAUUUGCUGUAAUUCAACAAUAACAUUCAUUUCCUUGUCAUUUUUGUACAAGGAAUUAAAAAAUAGAAAUCAAAUACUUUAGUAUCUCUCAAACAAUAAUGAGGAUUCAUACAAGGUUUUAAGUGGUUAAACUAAAUAUACUUCACAGAAACAAAAGUUGCUCCCAUUUAAGGAGCUCAUGCUCCAGAUGUUUUAUCAGUAGCUCCUACUUUUUUUUUUUUUAAUUCUAGGAGCAAUAUGCAGGUGUAGUUUUACUAUUUUAUACAUAUGUGUAUUUAAAUUUUAUUACUAAAAGAUAACAUUUUUAUAAAUGUGUUUGUGUUCCAAAGGCAUUAAAAUAAGGAUGUAUUAAUAAGGAAAAUACCUUUUGAAAUUCUGCAAACUACUCCUAGAUUUUGGGUUUAGGAGCACGUUAUCUCAAAGUGGGCUUUUAGCUCUGCUUCAUGACUGCUUCCUCUGGUUUCUGUGAAACAGAUUGCUUGCUUACUUACAUCUUUAGUUGAAUGAUUUGUUCAAUAUUGCUUUUUUUCUCUUCACCUUUCUAAAGGAAAGAAAAACACAGAUGAACAGAGCACAAGGUGAAUGCAAACGAAUGUAACUCUAGUUUAAAUCAGCAACCAUAACGCAUCUAGGAAGAACUCGGGUUUAUCCUCAAUCCUUUAAAUCAGUCUGAGAUGAAGAUAAAUGAGCUUGAUUCCACCAGCGGGUUAUAUCCCGCGUGGAGGCGAGCAUCUGCAACUCCCCCUGCAGCAGAGGAAAGUUGCGAGUGCUCGGCAUCCCGCAGCCAACCCGGCAGCGUGGCCGGGCAGCGCUGCCCGUCCUGGGCAGCCUCUGGCACGCGAAUUUCCAGUCCGUAGCGACUGUUUUGUCGGUCUCAGUUGCCGAUCAGACUUCAUGGAAGAAACAAAACCCAACAGACACUUUGCCAACACCCGUUUCUUAGUGCGUAGCCAGAAUCCUUACUACUUUGUUCGUGCCUUAGCUUUCUGUAAAGGGAUUGACAUUUCACUUUGGAGUUAGACGUACAUUUCACUUGAGAAAUAGGGACCUCAGACAAGAUAUUGAACCUCAUUCAGUCAGGGUUUCAGCGUGUGGCUGCACCGAGUGUGUUUGCCACUGAACUAGGAUGUACGGUAACGUGGAAGCAGACUGACAUUGUAAGCAAUACUACCACCACCGGAGUGCUUUUGAAUAUCACUUAGGCAGAGUCAAUAUUGGCCACUACUAAGCCGUCAGUUUUUGAACCCUGUUUUCUCGAUUUCAGAUGGAUUCUCGGCGGGAGGGGGGGAGGGCUGGCUGAUCAUGCACCACUCUUUGUGCAACUUCUAAACUUCUAGUAAGGUUUUUUUUUGGUUGUUUUUUUUUUUAAUAUAUAUAUUUUUGUGUACUUGUUGCUUGUGCUUUAUUUAGUAGUAAAUUGUGGAAUAGAGUGAUUUAUUGUUAAUUUGGCAGUAGCGGUUUUUAAAAACCAUAUACUGACUGAAACAUGAGCCAGAGCUGAUUGCUUUAUUAAGCUAAUAAUGAAUGUUAAGAGUACAUAUUUUCAGGAUCAUUUGCCUAGUGAGCUAAACUUGUAUUAUAGGCCAAUAUUUUUUAAAAUAAAGCUUGGUCAACCUCUAUGUUACACAUAUUACAAGAUAUAGCACUUUCAAAAAGAAAACCUAAACCUUUUAAGAAAAUUUCUUACAGGUUAUGCUUUUUAUUAUAAAACCUUUUAUUAUAAUUUGUUUCAAGUGCCAUUAGAUUACGUAUAUGUAGGCCUUUGGUAUAAUGCUUUGUGUACAAAAUGGUAGACAUUGUAAUUUUAAACAGGUACAUUUUUACAGUGUUUUCUUAUCAAUUUGCUAUAUUGCACAGAACCAGCGUGUCUUUCUUAAGGGUUUUACAAUGGUUUUUACUAGGUUUACAUGUUUCAAACUACACUGUCUUCUACUGCCAUUUUGAAUACCAGUCAAAAAAAAAUUAGGAGUUUGUCCUCACCAGUUGCAAACUGUGUCCUCUGGAGUACUGGGUGGUAAACUAUGGCAAAAAUUUUUAACGUGCAGUAUUUGAUACAGAUUUUUUUAUCAUAUCCUAUCAUCGCUAUGCUGCUGUCUGAAGUUAAUUUAGGGCCUGAUCCUGCAUCCGUAAAAGUCGAGGGGAGCAGGAUUGCAUCCUUCAUUAUGUCUGUCUCAUACACUGGUUUAGCAGCUCAUCCUGUAUUCUUCUCAGUCUAUAGAUAAGCCUCUGAAAUAAAUGUACUUAUCAGAUAUGUAGUAAACUGUAUAGGCUUAGCUGCCCAUCCUGCAUCCUCCCAGCGUACAGUUAAAGCCACAGCCUACUUAGCAUCACGCUCAAGUACAAGUAAUGCCACAGUAGUUCAAAAUGUGUUUGGAUAGUCCCAAAGCUUUUAUGCAAUAAGGGUGUCUUACUUUUGUUGGAAGGCAGUGUCUUUUGAUAACAGUUAUCUAGCCCUGGAAGUGACACAGAACUAUUGCUAAUCAUAUGUAAACACUUUUCAGUAUAAGCUUCAGUGGUACAGUUGAACCAGAGUGAAUGUUUAUCUCCUCAGAAACACUCCUGCAAUAUUGUUAUAUUGGAUCAUGCUGCUAAUGUAACUUGGGAUACAACUCCUCUCAUGGUGCUACAAACCUCCCUGUCUCAUUCAGAUGUAUUUUUACCCAUAGAAAAAAGGACUAUACUAGACCUAUAGUUGUAUGAUAUAUUUUUAUACUGUGACUUAAUUUGUCAUUAAUGAACUUUGUGCAACACCACAAUGUAUUCAUAUGCACUUGCAAAAGUAAAAUUUUGGACAUGCAAAUUUAAACGCUGACAAGCCCAGCUCUUGUUCACAAAAAUAGGUGACUGCUAGUUAAAUUAAAUGUGGGCUUUUUAUAUGGUGUGGAGUGAAGAACAUACUAUAUAUUACUAAAAGCCUUUGAAUUUAGACAAAAACUGGGAAAAGUAUAUUGGGGAAUGAUGACACACCCAAACCUGACUCGGAUUGCUGAAAUUAUAUUUUUAGCUAGUGGAAAAAUUGUUUGGACUUGUGUGCUAAAAUGUUUUAAUGAUAAAAGUUUUGAGUCAAAAAUAGAGGAAAAAAAAGACACAGAAAACCCUGCAUUCCAGACUGAAUUUGUAUAUGUUUCUUGCAUUUAAAAUUUGCUAUCCUGUGAUAUGGGAAAUUGAGUUGCUUAUCAUGUAUAUGUACUUUAAAAUGUAUUCACAAACUACUGUUGUAUUUGUAUAAAAUAUAGACAAAAAGAUUGCAUAUAUAUUUUUGUGUAUAAGCUCUGUAAAAUAGCAAUCACAUUAUGAAGCUGCAGCAGAACUUCAUUUUAAACAUUCACAUCCAAAGAAACAGACUAUUUAUUGUCCACAUACCCUGAUUAUAAAAUAUACCUUGCUGCUAUUAAACAAUAGUGCUGCAGCUUCUUGUGGCCUACAGUGUUAUGUUUGCUGUACAAAAAUAUGUGAACUCCACAAAAUAUAUCAAUAAAAUUACAGAAUGGUUUUAGUUAAUGAA